ACCAGAGCAACUAGCAGCGUGAGCCACAACACAGGAGCAUAUCAGAGGAUAUACAGAGAGGAGAUAACAGUAAUCCUCAGCUGGAAGAAAUAACAAGGCGCUUCCUCAGGAUUACACGUUUGGACAGAAAGACAAAAAUAUCCUCUAUAAGAAGAAGUGAAACCAGAAGAUGAACCUGUUAGUUCUCAUCGCCAUCCUUGCAGCUUUCAGUGCUGAUGUGGUUUUUUCCAAAGCGAGAUGGUCAUCUAAACACAGGGGUCCUAACAAAGUGAUUUGUCGGUCCGGGGAUGGGAGCAGUUACAGGGGAUUCGUUUCAGAGUCGGCAUACGGUGGCAGAUGUCUCAACUGGAACAUGUUUAGAGCCCCUGCAGGAGGUUCAAGGGGGCUUGGCGACCAUAAUUACUGCAGGAAUCCUGACCAGAGCUUGAUGCCAUGGUGCCGUGUCCGAAGAGGAAGAAAGUUUGUGAGAGAAUUCUGCGAUAUUCCUAGAUGCUCUACGCCAACAGUAAAGCCUACACCAGUUGUGGAUACAGAGCUGACAUGUGGCGAGAGGACCCAGCGGAUGAUGAAUAAAAUAGUGGGUGGUUCUUUUACACCUAUAGAGUCGCACCCAUGGGUCGCUGCUCUUUUUAAGGGCAGUAAGUUCCUCUGUGGCGGCUCUCUUAUCUCACCGUGCUGGGUUCUCACGGCUGCACACUGCUUCGCUGAUGGUGAGGUGCCUAACAUCAAGCGCCUGUCUGUAUACCUGGGGAAGACUGCCACCAAUGAGACAGAUGCUGACAGGGAGCAGAGCUUCACUGUGGAAAAACUGAUCCUGCACCAAAGAUAUAAUGACUCCAGUUUUGACAACGACAUAGCACUGUUGAAGAUCAAAAGCAAAAAUGGAGGCUGUGCAGUGAAGACAGCGUCUACGCGGACUGUGUGCCUGCCUCCGUCUCACACUCAGCUUCCUGCAGGAUUUCAGUGCAGCAUUGCAGGAUUUGGGUUGGUGAGAUCUGCUGGGCCUUACUCGCAGUACCUGAAGCAGGGCGAGGUGAAGCUCAUCUCCCAGUCUGACUGUUCAAGUCAACGGCAAUAUGGAGAUCUCAUGACUGAGAACAUGUUCUGUGCUGGGAGCCCUGACUGGAGCACUGAUGCCUGCAAGGGUGACUCUGGGGGUCCGCUGGUGUGUGAAGUGUCAGGCCGGAUGUUUCUCUUCGGGGUGGUGAGCUGGGGUGAAGGCUGCGCCAGGAAAAACAAACCGGGUGUUUACACACAGGUCACCAACUACAACAAGUGGAUCGCAGCAAAAACUGGACUCUCUGAAUACACCAGAGGAGCCAUGUAUCCCACAAAAUGAAGCUGUUAUCUGUAGGGCAUUUCAUCCCUUAUAGGAAAAUUUGGCAGCAGUGUUGUAGCUAAUGGGCAUUGUUUUUAAUGUGCAGUGAAAAUACAGUACUGUAGCAAGUGUUUUAUACAUAUAUAUAUAUAUAUAUAUAUAUAUAUAUAUAUAUAUAACUUUUAAUUAUUUCAUAUUUCUUGUGCAUUUCAUACUAAGAGUAUGGCUUUUUAAACAAGCUAUUUGAAAAGAACAUAUCUAUUUAUGUAAAUUAAUUUAAUAAGCAUCUCCUUUUGUAAGGCUGGCCCUGCAUUUUUUUAAAUAUAAUAAAGAAAAUAUUUGUAUUACAUAUUCAUAUAUAUAUAUAUAUAUAUAUAUAUAUAUAUAUAUAACUUUUAAUUAUUUCGUAUUUCUUGUGCAUUUCAUACUAAGAGUAUGGCUUUUUAAACAAGCUAUUUGAAAAGAAUAUAUCUAUUUAUGUAAAUUAAUUUAAUAAGUAUCUCCUUUUGUAAGGCUGGCCCUGCAUU